AUGUCCUCUGCUGCAUACACCACCUCCUCGCGCCUGUAUCCAUCCGCCACUGCCGGCCCAAGCUCGCCUCCGCGGAGCCCUUCCAUCUCUCAAGGCGCCCUGAGUCCCCGGAAGAGCAGCCUGAGGGGCUUGCAGAACGCCCAUCCGCGCACUCCCUCUCCCAGACCACGACGACGACAGCGGAGGGGCAAGGGCAAGGGCAAGGGCAAGGGCCCGAUGAGGGAGGAUCCGAGAGACGACCUCUUCGCCGCCAACACCGCCGCUGCCAGGCACUCUCACGGCCUGUCCUGGAACUCCACCACACGCGACUCGGUCGUCGACAACCUCCUCUUCGGCCUGAACAGCCUCAGCAGAUCCGACGUCAACGAGAUGGACGGCAGGGCCCAGGAUGAGGAAGAAAGACAUCGAUACCUCUCCUCCCUGACCUCCCAGUUCACCGCAAACAGACCAAUGCUACGCAGUCGCGGCCACACGCACUCCUCAUCUACCUCGGACUUCGACCGCAACAUCAUGUCCGACUCUCCAUCCAGCAAGUUCUCCAUGGGCUCGGCCAAGGGUCGCCGCAGCAAUUCCAGCACCAAUUUCGGUCAGAACCUGGCUGGUCGGAUGAAGGCCAGCGGAAGAGGAUUUGGCAUGGGCAGGACGAGCUCGGACGUGCAAACAAACAAGCCGAGCGACGGCAGCAGCAGUACGGGCGGUGGAUACGGUUCGGGACGGGAGACGAACAGACUGGCUUGGAACGGAAAGACGAUGAGCAUGGACCACAUGCACGCGGAGAAUGGUACAGACGCGCCUGCUGUGCUGGAUCGUCCCCGACCCGUACCAUCAAUGCCUAGCAAGUAUGAGUCAGCCACGGAUCUGGAUGCUGCGCCCGAGCCAUCCAUUGCCGGUGGGCCCCGCAAGAUGCAGAAUCCAACGGCCACGGGACCAGUAUAUGUAAACGCGGCGACCUCAAAGAACAAGGCCAGCACUCUGCGCAAGAUCACCACCCAGCAGGAUUUACGGUCCGCAGGAAACCCACCCCGCUUGAGCCCUCCGAUUCCCCAGGACAUCCGAAGCCAGGCAGCCGACUUUGUUCGAACCAGCAGCAUGCGCGGAACCCUUCCUCCGCCUUCCGCGCACGACAUGCGAGCGCCAAGUCCUGCGGUGGCCUCCAGAAGGAGAGAACCAUCUCCACCACGCGACAAGCCUGGCUUUUUCAAGCGCGUAUUUGGCGGCAGCUCUUCCCGCGCAGUGUCGACACCAGUCGCGGGCUCCAAUCAGUCUGCUCAGCAGAAUGGCAAUGAAAAGCCUCCUGCGGUCGCUCGCUCGGCGUCGCAAGCGUCUGCCGGCUCCCAUCCACCACAGAACGAGGUCAAGCAACUCAAAGAAGCUGCAUCAGCACCGCCACCGACCUUGAACAAGAAGCCAUCGUCAUUCUUUCGAAGGAGGAAGAAGUCCACUUCGGAGGCGGUGCAGCCGCCACCACUACCGAUCCCUCCCAGUAACACGAAUCUGAGGAGCGUAAAAGCUGCAGAGCCGAGUUCUUCUGUUAGCAGUCUCCGCAAAGUGAUGGAUCCCUUCCUCACCCAGGAGACAUCGGCAGCCAAUGGCAAGCCAGAACGGCAACAGGGUGGUGGUUUCAGACCCCAAACUGCGGAUUCAAAGAACGAACACGACGAUUCCGAAGAUCCUGACAUGUUCCACUCUGGAUACACACCGCCUCCUGAUGCGUCACUCGGCUCCCGUCACCCUUUCUCUCGCGAGCAUUCUGCGCGGCCAAGCUUAGACCGGGAUGCCGACGUCAAUACUAAGAUGAAAGUGAAGAAACGGAAACCAGAGGCGCUCAUCACUGCCAGCUCUCAAGGUUUCGACCGACAGCCAUCUACCGGCACGCUGAGUGACGAGCUCAAUGGCGAGCCCAAAGUCUCUCCGCUGUCAGACCAUCAUCCACACAUCCCCCGAUCGCAAUCCCCUCCGAGCAGGCCUAGUACUGCCGACAGCCUCAUCGCUUCGCGGGACCCCGUUCCUGCCACGGGCUCGAACCAGGAUAUGCGGAGCUUCAGUGCUAACACUAACGGCAGCUUGGACAUGAAUGAUGAGGGCUGGAUCGUUACCCGGGCCAACCAAGAUCGCCCAGCUUCGAAGAGUACCGAACGGCUCCGGUUGCAGCCGACCCCAUCGGAGGAGCGACUCAAUGCCAACGCCGGCAACUUCUCUCCCGUCGAAGGUGCAACGACGACGUCGGCCUCGAACAAAGAGAACCUCGCGCCUAUCAGCCCAACAAUCGCAGAGACCGAGCGUAUUCUGUCCCAAGCGAACUUGCUGCUGCCCACCGUAACGAUAGACGGUAGCAAUGCAUCCCGGACAUCAAGAACCUCCAGCGACCCAACCAUCAUCCAGGUGCCUCCCGAGUUUCAUGAUGACGGAGCAGAGUACCGCGAACGUGCGCGCAAGAUCUUCGAAGGUGACGAAGAAGAUGUCCUGAAAUGUGACGCAGCUGCUUGGAUGGGCGAGAGGAAUACGCUAAGCACUCGCACGUUACAAGCUUACAUGCAACUUUUCGACUUCUCCGGGCUGAAUAUCCUCACCUCUCUCAAGAUCCUUUGCAUGCGACUUGUGCUGAGAGGUGAGACGCAGCAAUUCGACCGCAUCAUCACUGCACUCUCGGCCAGAUGGUGCGAAUGCAAUCCCCGACACGGCUUCAAGGCUCAAGAUGUUGUCCACACCAUCAUCUACUCGCUCAUCUUACUCAAUACCGAUCUGCACCUUGCGGAUAUUGGAGAGAAGAUGUCACGAAGCGCGUACGUCAAGAACACGCUGCCUACAAUCACGCGCGUGGUCACCGAUGCCGCGCCGGAUGCAUUCGACGAGACGCUCCGAGUGACUCCGCGACAACAUCGCCCGUCUCUUCCAUGGACGGACUCGAGCCCAUCGAUGCCAUCGUCACCAAUCAUGCCUCGCUCUGCCACGCCAGUCGAGAGAUCGGAAUCAAGUUUCAGCGAUUCACUGCAAAUCUUUGCGCCCACUUCCAACAAGCGGCUCUCAGUCCGCCCGGGUGUCACUAGAAAUGAUUCUGAUAAUGCCGACUCUGGGUCAAACGGCCCGUCUAAUACACUGGUCAACUUCCCUUGGAUGGGCUCCAUGCGCGGAUGGGAGAUUGAGAUUGAGCACAUCUUGAAGACGUUCUUCAACUCGAUCAAGUCGGACCCGCUGCCACUUCACCGCGCGGCCGCGACAGAUGUGCCAUCCGCAAACCGCAAUCUCUCGGUUGCGGAUCUGAACAACACGCUGAAACGGACUGGGUCUGUAGUCAGCAAGGCGCCUUCGGACAACAUGUCUUUUCGCUCCAAGCAGGAUUUCCGCACGAUGACGAUGAGGUGGCAGGGCAGGGGUCUAAACCGGUCGCGACCGAAACUCUAUCCCGUCAGCACUGUGGGCUCUUCACGCACAAGCCUCGAUGAUAGUGGGUUCUGGUCGCCAGCGCAGAGCAGCAAGUUCUCAUUCAGCAAGACGCUUACGUCGGCGUCUGUGGGCAGCUUCAGCCAUUUCUCGCCGACUGACUCGUUCAAGCAUUCCAUUGGCUUCGCCAACGCUCUGUCGCAGGCCAUCAUUCGUGAAGAGAACACAGGCGGUGACAGCGAAACGUUCUCGGUCCCAGGCGGGCUACUGGAAGAUGAGAGCUUAACGCUCGAAGGAGCGCCGUGGGCCAAGGAAGGCCUGGUUAAGCACAAACAUCAUCUGGAGACGCAAGAUCGGAAAGCCAAGGACCGCAAUUGGAACGAGUGCUUUGCGGUCAUCAGUAAAGGCAAGCUCACCCUGUUCGCAUUCAACACAUCUGGCAAGGCUCCAUCGUUUGGACGGAAGAAUCAUUUCAUGAAGUCUGGCAAGGCUUCUAGUGUCACCGGCGCCAAAGUUGGCGGAGGAGACUGGAUGGGGAAUGCCGAACAGCUCGAUAUCUUUGUCCUGCGCCAGACGAUUGCAUCGACGCUCCCACCACCCGGCUAUAGUAAGGCCAGGCCGCAUGUGUGGGCGUUGAGCUUGCCAACCGGUGCAGUCCAUCUGUUCCAAGUGGGCACACCGGAAAUCGCAGAAGAGUUUAUGACCACGGCCAAUUAUUGGUCCGCUCGUCUGAGCAAGGAGCCACUGUCUGGUGGUGUAUCCAACGUCGAGUAUGGCUGGUCGGACAACAUCAUCAACUCUGCACUUCUCGGUCGACCAGACAACUCCCAACGCCCACCGGCGUCGAUGCAGAAUCGGUCGAUGCACGGACACAGUAUGUCCACAGACCGGCCUCGAAGAUCCAGCCUGCAGUCGUCUGUGCGCAACAGCUUCGACACCGGGUUUGGCAGCGCAAAGCCCAAGUUGUCAGGUGACAAGGUCACCAUCAUGGACUGGGAGCCACCCAGCCAGUCGAUGAUGGCAAGCCAGCUGAUGGAGGUCGAUCAAUUGAGACAGCUCACGGCCUACGUCAAGGGUCAAGAGGAAGAGCUGGAGCGGCACAACGAGCUCAAGCACGCGAUCGUGGUGGCUGUAAGUAACCCAUGUCCUCGAAUGUGUGUGAAGGCCGUACUGACAUGUUACAGUAUUCGUCUCGCCAUCCGAACUUCAACAAAGCCAUGAACAACUGGCAACGCAAGUCGGAUUAUCUCCUUCGCGAGAUUGUCAAAUUCCGGACGUAUAUCGAUAGCCUGACGGCGGCGCAAAAGGCCAAAGACGCCUUCUACGCGAAGAAGGCCGAGGGGCGUCUCUCGCCCGUCGCUAAGGACGACGAUCACCCCUACGAGCUUCCUAACAUCUCGUCGAGAGAUUUCCCGGCUCGCGACAUUCACACAUCUGGAUGA